AUGUGCGUCGCCGAGCUUAACGUCUCCAACCUGCCCUGCAGGCACCGCUGGUACCACCUGCUGCGCCCCUGCUCGCCCACCACCAACCUCAGCAACUGCCCGAACAAGCUGGGCAUUGAGGGCUGGGAGACCAAGUGCGACUUCUGCCCCUACUGCGCCGCUUGGAACCUCUCCAACACCGACUUCCGUCUGGUUGGCAACGACCGCAGCCCGUCUGUGGGCGGCCUCUCGCGCUCACCCUCCGCCAAUUACGGCUCCACCACCACCCUCACCUCUGCCCGCCGCGACAGCCGCCGCGCUUCGCUCGCUCGCACCGACAGCACCUCCAGCAUUCCCGCUCUGGGCCUGAGCGUUGUCGAGAAGACGGGCGAGAAGAACCGCGCCAUCAACAGCCGCCUCGAUGCCUACCUCGGCAAGCACCCCGAACGCAAGUACAGCAACUCGGACGGCGACACCACCGACGGAGAGGAGUCUCGCUCCCUCCGCGGCUCUCUCCAUGGCUCUCUUCACGGGUCGGUUCACGGAAGGUGUCCUUCGACCGACGGAAGUGACAUCAUGACCAAGGUCGACGCGCAGAUCGCCAGUGGCAACCUCAACGCCGGCGUCGGCAAGAAGGACAAGGGUUUCUUCAAGAAGAUCGGCAAGAGCAGCAAGAGACUCAGCAAGGGUAUCUUCAAAUGA